AUGGACGUUCGAAGCCAGUUCCUUGCCCUCAUCCGGCGUUGUCAAAGUGAGAACGCCACAGUUGUUGAACAGGCUCUGGAUGAACUACUGCCUUUUCUGUCAGGAAACGAGGAGUUCUUACACGUAUCCGUUCUCAGCGAGCAGCCGGAUCCUGUGAUCGCUCAAUUGACAAGGGCACUGCUCGACUGCUGUGUGAAGUUCAACACCAGUUCGGACUCGAUCACUCUGCUGUCCUCGCGAUGUUUAGGUCUCAUCGGAUGUCUUGAUCCGAACCGAGUGGAGACAGUCAAGGAAAAGAGGGACAUUCUUGUCCUGUCGAACUUCGAUCGAAUGGAAGAUACGGUAGAAUUCGUUCUGUUCUUCCUCCAGCAUGUCCUAGUUGAGGCUUUCUUGUCAGCAUCUAACACUAGAGCUCAAGGAUUUCUGGCAUAUGCCAUGCAAAAUCUUCUCAAAAUUUGCAAUUUGAACACAGCAGUGACACAGCGAAAUCGAGAUCUUGAUCAGGGCGACGAGAAAUAUCAGCGGUGGAUGGAGCUUCCGGAAAGCGUCCGAAACACUCUCACGCCAUUCCUGACCUCCACUUACACGGUCACUGUCGUCGGAGCGACCCCCAAAGUCGCAUAUCCUUUGUUGAGCAACAAAAUGACCCAUAGCGAGUGGCUUCGAACACUUGUACAGGAUCUGCUCCAGGCGGGGAAUGGUGACAAUGCAAAGCUCAUAUUCGCAGUAUGCAGCCGAGUCGUGAAGGGCCAAGACAUCUCGAUUUCUUCAUUUCUUUUGCCAUUCGCCAUCUUAAACCGCAUCGUGGGGGGAACUGAACCAGAGCUGCAGGAUCUUCAGCAUGAGUUGGUGAACGUCCUUUCAUACCCCCUGCCUGACGCUAACAAGAGUGUCCGUGAGACUAUCAUCAGUAGUAGCCAGAGUGUUUUUGAGGUCCUGGACUAUUUGUCGAGAUGGCUUCAGGGGAAGAAAAAGCAGCUUAAUAGCCUGAAUCACCAGUCUUACCAAUCCAGCCGCUCACACAGAGAUGCUAAUCGAGAUGGACUUCUUGAAAAGUACACAUCACAGGUCAAAUCUGUCGAAGCUGUUCUAGCUGCUAUUCCUCCAGAGGUCAUAUCUAAACGAGCCGUCGAAUGCAAGUCAUUUUCCAGGGCUUUAUUCCAUUGGGAGCAGUAUAUUCGGAAAUGCAAAUCGCAGCCGGACAUGCAAGAGCGCUCCAGUACCGAGCCUCUCUAUCAACGACUACAGGAUAUAUACAGUCAAAUCGAUGAACCUGACGGCAUUGAGGGCAUUUCAAGCCAUUUAUCUGCACUCAACAUCGACCAGCAAGUUCUGGAACAUCGCAAGGCGGGAAGGUGGGCCACUGCACAAAGCUGGUACGAACUCCAGCUCGAGAAAGAACCGGAUAAUAUCGAUGCUCAAUGGAACCUUGUCACCUGCCUCAAGGAAUCUGGUCAACAAGACGCGAUUCUCACCCGAUUCGAGGUCAUCAAAGACAACGAAUCUGCAGCGUCCCGAUUUUUGCCUUUCGCAGUAGAGGCAUCGUGGAUUACGGGGAGAUGGGAUAAACUUGAGGGCUAUUUGGAGUUAUCCGCAAAACAAGGUGCUGGGGAUUUUAACGUGGGUAUUGGCGCAGCUCUCAACAUUCUUCGGCAGAAUAAAGCCGAAAAAACUAUUCAGAUCAUCAAUGGGCUCAGGCUCAACGUUGCGAAAUCAUUGACUGCUAAUUCUGUGGCCUCUCUCCAAACCUGUCAUGAUGAUAUGCUUCGGUUACACGCCCUGGCUGACAUGGAAUCCAUUGCGAAUGCAGGCGCUGUGGGUUCUAAUCCGAGCCUAGACUUGCUAGGAGCUUUGGAUCGACGUUUGGAUGUGCUGGGUGGUUAUCUUGCAGACAAGCAAUACCUUCUGGGAUUGAGGCGAGCUGCCAUGGAGCUAGCAGGCAAUUUUGCAAAUUCCGAUAUCGCAUCAGCCUGGCUCACAAGUGCUCACUUAUCGCGAAAGGGGAACUUCACCAGUCAAGCAUAUCACUCAAUGCUCAACGCGGCUCUACUAAAAGAUCGAUCGGCUACCAUUGAACACGCCAAACUUCUCUGGAAAGAUGGGCACCAUCGCAAAGCAAUCCAAACGCUUGAAGGUGCGAUAUCGGCCAAUGAGGCUACUUCUGCAGCAUCACUCUCCGCAGAUGCCGAUUCGGUAUCAUUCCUUUCUGGCCAUGGGCAAAACGCGAAUGUGACAGCGGCCCGGGCCCAUCUCCUCCUGGCUAAAUGGACAGACAGAGCAGGUCAAACCCACUCUCAAGUCAUUGUUCAACGGUAUCGGGAGGCUAUCAAACUAUACCCGCGAUGGGAGAAAGCACACUACUACUUAGGGAAGCAUUACAACAAGAUCCUUGACUCGGAGAAGAUCAAGCCCAUGGGGAAGGAAGCUCAAAUAUACCUGAGUGGAGAAGCUACCAAACUCGUCAUUGACAACUAUCUUCGCUCACUGACUUAUGGGAGCAAAUAUGUCUUUCAGACGCUGCCCAAACUUUUGACGCUGUGGUUGGAACAUGCUUCUAUCGUCGAUCAGCCAAUUGAUCCGAAACGAGGAGACAACGAAGACUUCCAGAGACACACAAAAGCUCAGCGACAGAAGAGCUUAGACGAGAUGCACGCCCAGCUGAAAAAAUACAUCUCAUCGCGCCUACAAGCUGCUUUGCUCUUUACCAUUUUGCCACAGGUGGUCGCUCGCAUUUGUCAUCCCAACAGCACAGUUUAUGACCUCUUGACGCGAAUUGUGGCUAAAGCCGUCCAUAGCUUUCCACAGCAAGGAUUAUGGACAGUCCUGGCAGUUGUCAAAUCGUCCAACAAGGAUCGAGCGUCCAGGGGCUAUACUUGCCUACAAAAGAUCACGGACUAUACGACUAAACAUAGAUCAGAGUCAUCGUCAUCUGACAUUCGCCCCGUACUUGAUGAGGCACAGAUCUUGAACUCCCUCCAAAAGCCACGGAAGAUCAGUAUUCGAGGAUCUGAUGGAAAGAUCUACAAUGCACUUUGCAAACCUAAGGAUGAUCUGCGCAAGGACCAACGUCUCAUGGAAUUCAACAACAUGAUCAAUCGGUUCUUAAAACGGGAUGUCGAAUCGAGCAAGCGACGAAUGUACAUCAAAACUUAUGCCGUGACACCGCUCAAUGAGGAAUGCGGUCUGAUUGAGUGGGUUGACAACCUCCGGACCUUGAGAGAGAUCAUCAUCAAAAACCUGCGCGAGCGCGGCGUUGCACCAAACUAUACGGAGAUCAAACACUACCUAAAUGAGAUAUGUGCAGACCGUUCGAUGUCCAAGUUGUCAUUGUUUACAACAAAGAUUUUGGCCAAGCUGCCCCCCGUUCUUCAUGAAUGGUUUAUCGAAAUGUUCCCGGAGACCGAGACAUGGUUCUCGGCGAGGUUACGGUAUACGAGGUCUUCUGCGGUCAUGUCGAUGGUCGGAUACGUUCUGGGGCUUGGCGAUCGACACGGAGAGAACCUUUCGUUUGAAGAAGGGACUGGAGGCAUUCUGCACGUUGAUUUCAACUGUCUGUUCGACAAAGGUCAAACGUUUGAAAAACCAGAGGUAGUUCCAUUCCGGUUAACGAACAACAUGAUUGAUGCCUUUGGUGCCUAUGGAUACAAUGGGCCUUUUCGGAGAACCUGUGAGAUCACCCUCAGUCUUCUGCGGCAGAAUGAAGAUGCCCUGAUGACCGUCCUCGAAACCUUUCUGCAUGACCCAACGACCGACUUUAUCGGUAAGAGACGCCGCACUCACGUAAGUGUGCCCGACACCCCCGCCGGAGUCUUGGAAGAUGUCCGCAAUAAACUCCGGGGUUUCAUGUCCAAGCAGCCGAUCCCACUCUCAGUGGACGGUCAGGUGGAUGAGCUGAUCAUGCAGGCGACCGACAAGAAGAACCUGGCGUCCAUGUAUAUCGGAUGCUACUAUAGCUGGGGCUUCGUCGACGGCGCUGCCGUGGGCUUUCGCGUCGCCCACCUCGGCUUCGACUGCGAGUUCGUGAUCGGCCACGGGAAGAAGAUCGCGAUCGGCUCUUGGGACGGUCGCGAGCUGGAGACGGGCUGCGCGUGUCUUCACGGGGGGGGUACGGAUCGACGCAAGGAAGAACGCGCCGGGCCAUGA